GUUCCGAAAAGCCAUAUCGAGUUGUGUACUCCACUGUAUCGUAUUAAGAUAAACUUAUUUUUUGACUUAAAUCCUCACAGGCGAAUAUUUUGGUUGAAAUUUGUGCUUAAAAGGUGAAGUAUUACAUAAAAAGAGCUACAGAACAUGAACCUAUGGGGCAGAUGGACUCUCCUGGGACGGAUGCCACAGGUGGCUUGAAGCAACAUACUCGAAUGUACAUCAGAAGCUGAAAAUAAAACCCACAAAAUCGACUCUUUUUGAUGCACGAGCGCAUGUUAACAAACGCCAAAACGAGCUCGAACGCGAUCAUAACCUGAGGGCGUUUUGCUUUUGAUGACGUGAGGACCUGCUGUUGAAAGGUCUGAUGGCAACGACGAUGGGGCGGUCACUAACUCCUCUGCUUUUUAUUUUGCUCAUGUGUGUUUUCGGGGGAUCUCCGACACCACAGUAUGGGUCGCAGUAUAACCACAACAACUACGGAGGCGCAUCACCGUCCCCACAGUAUGGGAACAGAUACCACAAUAAUUAUGGGUACCCGAGACACAUCCCUCCCCAAACGACGGAGCCGCCCCACGUCAAUCAUAGAACUCGAGAGAAGAUGCUGUUGGACGAGAUCUUGGGCAACGGUACCUACGACAGGAAGAUCAGACCUUCUUCCGUGCACAAGAAAGGUGAGGCAGAGUUGCACAAGACAGCUGAAGAGGGAGACUUUACUACCGUCAUCAUCAACAUCAUGAUCCGAUCUAUAAACAAAAUUGAUGAUUACCAUAUGGAAUACAGUGUGCAGAUGACGUUCAGAGAACAGUGGAAUGACGAUCGAUUGAACUACAGCAACGAAGAAGUAUUAGGAGCAGGUAGACAAGGGAAGAUCAACUACCUUACGCUGACAGAGACGGAUAAGAUAUGGAUGCCAGACCUCUUCUUCAAGAACGAGAAGACGGGCCACUUCCACGAUAUCAUCUUACCCAACACUUACAUCCGCAUCUUCCCCAACGGCGACGUCCUCUACAGCAUCAGAAUCUCGCUGACUCUGUCCUGCCCCAUGAACUUGAAGCUGUAUCCACUGGACACACAGGUGUGUCAGCUUCUGAUGGCUUCUUAUGGAUGGACAACAGAGGACCUCCUGUUCCUAUGGGAGAAAAACGAGCCCAUCCAGGUCACCAAAAACCUCCACUUGCCCCGUUUCACCCUCGAGAAGUUUAUACCCAAAUACUGCAACAGCAAGACUAAUACAGGCGAGUACAGCUGCCUCCAGGUCAACCUCAUCUUCAAGAGGGAGUUCUCCUAUUACCUCAUCCAGUACUACAUACCCUGCUGCAUGUUGGUCAUCGUGUCCUGGGUCUCCUUCUGGCUGGACCAGCAUGCGGUGCCCGCUCGGGUCGCCCUCGGGGUCACCACUUUGCUCACCAUGUCCACUCAGAACGCUGGCAUCAAUCAGAGUUUGCCUCCCGUGUCCUACACUAAGGCCAUAGACGUGUGGACGGGCGUCUGCUUGACGUUCGUCUUCGGAGCCCUGCUGGAGUUCGCCCUGGUCAACUACGCCUCCAGAUCGGACAUGCACCGCGACCAGUACAAGAGAAACCACAGGCACUGGGAGGAGGAGCACGCCGCCUGCGAGGCCACGGCGAGCCGGAUCAACCGGAGGCACUGGGACGAGGACAACCCUUCGGCCUGCGAAGCAGCCUCCAUGAUCGCCUGCCCUCCCGACCGCGGCGAGGGAAGCUACGGCGGCGGCCACGGCAGGGAGUUCCACCACGACAACUUGCACUCACCGGAUAACGACGGGCGGAUCCCGGACUAUCACGGCAUCGUGCGAGAGAGGGUGAUUUUAAUGUUGCAGAUGGAAAAUGGAGUUCCAGCAUUUGCCAUGCGUCCUCUGGUGCCCCCAUUCAGAGAAGGCGGACCGCACGGCUUGAGAUCCUGCGAGGUCCAUCUGCAGGGACCUUCCGUCAGCUGCUGGCGCUCCUGGUUGGCCAAGUUCCCCACCAGAAGUAAGCGCAUUGACGUCAUCGCCAGAAUCACCUUCCCGCUCAUCUUUGCCCUCUUCAACGUCGCCUACUGGAGCGCCUACCUGUUCCGGGAGGAGGACAAGCAUCGCUGAAGACGUCGGGACCUCCUGGGAUGUCCCUUCAACCCAGCUGUUUUUAUGUUACUUAACGUUAUUUUUAUAAGGCGGCAGAGAUGGCCACUACCAAGGUCUAAAGAAUACCGUAUUCUUUAGACUUUGGCCACUACGAGAUGUCGUGUCCCGUUCCUUUUUGCGCGUUCGGAAAGGAAACGUAGAGAGAGGGCUUACCUGACUAUCGUUCAAUAUUCGGUGUGUCAUGACAGGAGGGCUUUUACAGAAUGUCAGUUUUCUCAGACUUCCAGUUAUACUCAGACAGGGUGUCAUACCAAGCCCUUAUACUUUUGAUAUGAGAUUACCAAAUCACCGGCUUAUUUUUGCACGUGACGUCAUCCACUAAACGAUGUAUACAAGGCUUGUUAGAGGUUAAGAAUUGUGCUUGAAGAGUUAUUAGUCAUGUUUCUAGGAGUAAGAAAGUAAAGUGUGUGUAUGACGUGUUUUUAUCUAUAUUAAGGUUAUAUUGCGAGCUCCUCUUUAUCAAUGCAGACUUGUUUCCAGUUAUUUUUUUGACAGAGAGUACAACAUUCACUUCGCGGUUGUAACCCAGUAUUUUACUUUUCAUUGAUUGCUUUUUUCAGCAAAUUCUCUAUUUCAUGCAAGCAGCCACUUGAUCACAAAGUAAUGAAAAUUGGAAAACAUGAACAGUAGUAAGGAGGUGCCCUGGGUGUCAGGUUUCAACUUCAGCGGGAGUAUAAUGGCAUUAAUUAUUAUGUGUGAACGUGUUUGUAUAAUAUACUUGUGUAAAAACCUAGAUUUACCAAAAAAGAAAAAAAAGAAAAAACUUGAAUAUUAGUUGGUUCCACAAUAUUCGAGAAAUGAACACAAAGGAAUAUAUCAAAUUAAAGGCAAUUUAUUUAUUGCAGCGUGAUAAACCGUGACAAGUGUUAAAAUAGUUAUUACCAAGAAACUCUUAGCAUCAUUUUUGAAUUUUCCUACUCAAAUACAGUACAAGAGGAUAAUUUGCUUGAGAACCUAAUUGGUCCCUGUCAUUUAAUUUUAGUCUUUCACAAUUUAAAAAAAUCCAGUUCCGGGUCCAGACUCAGUACCUCACCAGAGUGUAUUCAAUUUCCCAUGAAAUAUCGACCUUAAAUCAACUAAAAAUUCCCUCAUUUAGUUUUGAUCUAAGCCUGCCAGUAGGCAAAUCCAGCGCUUCUCUUCCCACUGAUAUUCAUGGGACCUUAUGCCAGCGACUUCUGUCCCUUCUUGUUUGUCACCAUCCACUGACGGACCAGUCCCACAUUGCUUAACUUAGGAGAUCGAACAACUAAUGUGUAGAGACAACGUUUACUUACAAGGUGAUUCCAAUUUUCUAGCUUGCAUUCAUGUUGGUGAAAUGUCGUUCCAGAAAUAGGCCAUUAUGACUAUUCAUACCAGAUAAAUGUAGUCACGGUUUUUUAAUUAAAUGCAUCAGCGAAGGAUUUAGAAACGCAGGGAUACAUGGUUUUAAUCAUGUCUACUUGAUUUUCAUUCGUGUACAAACCCUGAAUUUUUAAAAAAAGAAUCAUAUUUACAUAAGAAUGACUAUGAACGCACAUUUGUUUGCGAUUUAAAAAUGACUUUGAACGCAUGAGAUUCGUGCAUGUAAGUACACUUUUGUUUGCGAUUUGAAAUGAGCUUGAAGAUCUGUUGAGCGCACUCAGCGCUGUUCGGAAUCGUUCCAUAAUCCAUUCGUGGUUGUUCGCAUGUUAGAAUAUUUUCAUACAAAAAUCAAACUAAUGGUUGCGGGUUUCGCCUUUAGCAAAGGCAGGCCAAUCAGUUCUUCCAACCAGCGAUCUGGAAAAUCUAUAUUUUCUUUUGGGGCGCAGGCAACGUAUUUUCUUUCAUUUGUUUUGGCCCAACCUGUAUUUUACGUAACAUGGGACUCCAUUGGAUAAUGUUGCCCUUUUUCAAUGGCGAACCGUAUCGAUAAACCUCCCUUCUCUCUUUUUUUGUGCAUUAAUGAUACUAACAGACGCUUGAUUUGCACUGAAAAUCCUCUUCAUGUAAAUCACUCUCCCGUAUACAUGUAAAUACAGUACCCAGGGUAAAUCCAUUUUUUUUUAAUGUUAAGUGUUAUACAGCCUUGUUAAGACUUGUCCGGAGCGCUGCAUGUUUAGUCAGUAAGAGGAAUAGUGGCCCCAAGGCAUCCGAAGCAGACAAUCAAACAUUGACCUAUGUAGCUUGAAGCAAAAUUAGUUCAUAUAUUUUGGAAAUCGAUUAGAUACUUCAAUCUCUCAGUGAGUAUGAGACAGCAUACUUCACUUGGUAUGCUUUACCUCGUUCGAAAAGCAGCGUAGAUAUAUUUUUUCAUUGUUUUUUUUUAAUACCAGAAGAUUAUUAAUUCUCAGAUAUUAUCUUGCCAUGAUUCGUAUUGAGGGAAUAUAUUUUUACAUUUUUACUACAAAUAUUCAUGCCAAAUGUCUGAAACAUCUAGAUAGUUACUGCUAAUCAUGUAGUCUAGUUCACUGCAAUUUAUAGUUGCUUUUCAUGAAAUCUUCACCUUUCAUGAGAAUAAUUCAGUUUUUCUGGUCACACCAAGGUAAGAAAACCAUUUUUGUUAACUUUAAAAAAAAACCAAAAUUAUUAAUUGUUAUUAUUAUUAUUAUUAU